AUGAAGGAGAAAAAGCGCCCGCUUUGGCGCAACCCCACCGGCCUCAUCAACAAGAAAACGAACCGCGCCUGUGACUCCUACGUGAUGGCGCGAAUUGGGAAGAAGAAGAUCAGCCGCAAAGCCAGCUACUCCCCGGACAACGUUGAUCCAGAAUAUGGAGAGUUGAUCGAAUUUGACGUUGAACUGCCGCUCGAGAAGGACUUGGUGAUAACCGUCAUGAAUCGCCGGCGCAUCAUCCGUGACGAGGAAGUCGGCUCCACAACGAUCGAUCUCGAGGACCGCCUUUUGACACGUCACCGGACUACUGUAGCCCUCCCGCAGCAAUACACCACAAAGGGCGAUCUGGUGUGGAGGGACCAACUCAGCCCCCUCUCCACCCUUCGUCGAUACUGCCGUCGGAUGCAACUCCCACCACCGCGUUUCCUUGGCGAUGCCUAUCCGAAUCUGGGACUUGAGGUGCUGGGCGUCAAAUUCAUGAUCAGCGACAUUGAGCGUGAGCCAACGCCCAGACCCCGGGUCGGCAGCCCGGUGCAACGAGUGGCCCUUUUUGUACUCCACAAGAUGGGUCUGGUGCCUGAGCACGUCGAAUCACGCCCACUAUUUGACAGCCAUGGUGGAAAGCAAGAGGUGGGCCGCAUCCGCUGUUGGGUCGACAUCUUUCCCUUGGAUAUCGGCCCUGUGCCCCGCCCGAUUGACAUCUCCGUCCGCCGCCCAGAACAAUACCAAAUCCGCAUCGCCAUCUUCAACGUGUUCAACGCGGUCGUCUGCAAGCGCAAUUUCCAACAACCAUGCGGCGAUCUCUACGUCAAGGCAUUCCUCAAUGGCCAGCAAAAGGGCCAAAAGACGGAUGUUCACUACCGAGUGCUCGACGGCUUUGCAUCUUUCAAUUAUCGAUUGAUCCUCGAUUUUGACUGGAACCCUUGGGAGAAGAAGAUCUACGCCAAGGAGAAGAAACGCCUCUUCAGCUCAUGCUGCUCGAACGCGGACAGGGAGACCCCCUCU